AGGGUUUUUUCACACUUUUGUAAACAACAUGGCGAAUUACGGAUUGGCCAACCGAUGAACCGCCGUGCUCACCAGCAAGAAACCUUUGGAUUUUUUAAAAUAACCACACAGUGGUUUAUGUCGUACCUAAACGCAGCAACACGACGGGACUAGAAGCCACGGAGAGGUGGAAAGAAGACCGUUUGACAACCAAACGGCCGUCUUCAGUCUAUGGGCUCUCAGUCUAGCUCUGGGAUGUCUGGUGGAAGGGGCUCUUCCAGUGGCAACCCAGUUGAUCAGUCCGAAUCUGCAGAACCGAACCAGAGCAGCAACAGCAACCAAGGCCGCAGGACGGCUGAUAGGCAGCAAGGAGACAGACAGUCAACAUCAGAGGAGGACCUUGACUUAGCUGAAGUGCUGGCUUACCUACUGAGGAGGGGCCAGGUCAGGCUGGUCCAUGGCAGCGGAGCCACCGGGCUACAGCUUGUCCAGUCGUACGCGGACUCGGAUGAGGACAGCGAUGAAGCCUGGGAGGGUCGACUGGGUGACCGCUACAAUCCACCGGUGGACAACCAGCCUGACACACAUGACGUGGACCGCAGUGAGAUCCGAACCCAGAUCCUUCUGGCCACGGCUUCUGGUGCCCUGAGAGGGAAAAAAAGUUUUGCCCACAUGCUAACAGAGAGGGAGCAAGGAAGAUGUAGAGGCUCAAGUUUUUCCCAUGGAGAGUGCAGUCGCAUCCGCUCGCAUUUCCUGCCAAACUACGUCUCUCACAAGGAUACGUACCAACAGAAAGCCUUCUGUGGCGUCUACAGCGAGGAUGGCAACAUGUUUCUCUCUGCCUGCCAGGAUCAGAACAUCCGCUUGUAUGACACAAGCAGAGGACGUUUUCUACUACGGCAAACGGUGAAGGCUCGGGACGUUGGAUGGAGCGUGCUGGAUGUCUGCUUCACUCCAGAUGCGCAGCACGUGCUCUACUCCAGCUGGUCGGACUACAUUCACCUGUGCAGUAUCGACGGGGACAGUGAAAACCACACAGCAUUGGACCUCAAUCCAGAUGAGAGGAGGUUCUGUGUGUUCUCACUGGCUGCGUCCACAGAUGGCAAAGAGAUCCUGGGAGGAGCAAAUGACGGCUGCCUUUAUGUUUUUGAUCUCGACCAGAAUAAAAGAACACUGAAGAUUGAUGCUCACGAGGACGACGUGAACGCGGUGGCGUUUGCUGACAGCUCGUCCCAGCUGCUGUUCUCCGGCAGCGACGACGCGCUAUGCAAAGUGUGGGACAGGAGGACGCUGCGGGAGGAUCGACCGCAGCCUGUCGGACAGCUGGCGGGCCACCGAGACGGCAUCACCUUCAUCCACAGCAAGGGCGACGCACGCUAUCUGAUCAGCAACUCGAAGGACCAGUCCAUCAAGCUCUGGGACAUUAGGAAGUUCUCACCCAAAGAGGGAUUGGCAGCCUCCCGCCUGGCUGUCAUUCAGCAGAAUUGGGAUUACCGCUGGCAGCAGGUUCCUCAGAGAGCCCUGAAGCGACACAAGCUGGCCGGCGACACCUCCGUGAUGACGUACCGCGGCCACGGCGUUCUGCACACCCUCAUCCGCUGCCGCUUCUCGCCCGAGUUCAGCACAGGCCAGAGGUUCAUCUACUCGGGUUGCUCCACCGGCAAAAUCGUCGUUUACGACGUGCUGACGGGCAAUGUGGUUACCAGACUGUCGGGACAUGACGCCUGCGUGAGGGACAUCACUUGGCACCCGUAUGAAGACAACAUCAUCAGUACCUCUUGGGACGGAGGCGUGCGAAUGUGGGAGCACAGACAAACUCACCCACUGGAGGAGGAGCGGGAGAGAGAUUGACGUCUCAGAGGCUGCAAGAGACUGAGAGACGUGCCGGCGACGUCGCAGAAGCCGCCAGAGCUCGGCCCCAAACAGAGGGAAGUCCACUCACUCAGGCCUUUAGAAGAGACUUAAAACAUCUUUCAAAUUCACUGCUGGGUGUAAUGAUUACAAAAUUGUAGACAGAACGGCUAUAAGUGGGGCGCUACCGAGAGACACAAAGCAAUUCUUGCAGCAAACUUAACUCGACCAAGUAUUCUACAUUUGGUCCUGAAAUCUUAAGCACUGCGUUUUACUUCACAAGCUUUUUCAAAACGUAUUUGAACAUGGCAGGGAGGCGGUGACAGGCAAUUGUGUAUAAAUGUAUAGUAUUUUAAUGGUACAGUAUGUGCUUUCCGGGAGUGUUUAGAUAGUUUGUUGAAAGGACUUCAGCUUUUUCUGCUUUCAGGGGCCAAAACACGCAAAAAAAAAACAACAACAAAAAACCCAUAAACAGUCCUCACAAGUCAUGUCAUCCCCUAAAUGGAUUUUUCUGAGUGCAUAGAUUGUGUUGUGAUGCGGAGAUGACUCAAAAUUAGGAGUUAAUUAUAAAGGACACUUUAUUAUAAUAACGCAA